ACUAAGGGUAUACAUUUGGCACCACUCCGAUGAACUGGUUCAAGCUUUUGUUCUUCCAAAACUGACUUUGUCAACCGUGCGGCUAGCUACAUUUUGAAGAUUUGACUGGGCCUUUUACAGAAGUGUUGUGUUAAACAUUUUAUCAUAUACUGAUACAAUCCACUUUAACCAUCAUCAGUCGACAGCUCCUUUUGCCGUUCACUAGCUGUCCUUAUUUUUCCACACUUUUUCCUCUGAUAACGGUUGUAGCUGACCAAGAUAGGAGGCUCGAGUGCUAAGAUGUCGAACCGAAUGGUGUGCAGAGAAGCAAGUCAUGCCGGCAGCUGGUACACGGCCUCAGGAUCCCAGCUGAACGCACAAUUAGAGGGCUGGUUAUCUCAAGCACAAGGCACAGAUAAGCCUGCGAGAGCCAUCAUUGCACCACAUGCUGGAUAUACCUACUGCGGCGCUUGUGCUGCACACGCUUACAAACAGGUUGACCCCUCUGUCACCCGGAGGGUGUUCAUCCUGGGACCCUCGCACCACGUACCGCUGUCCCGCUGCGCACUCUCGCCUGCUGAAGUCUACAGAACUCCGCUGUACGACCUCAAGAUUGACCAGAAGGUUUAUGCUGACCUCUGGAAAACGGGGAUGUUUGAGCGGAUGAGCCUCCAGACGGACGAGGACGAGCACAGCAUCGAGAUGCACCUGCCUUACACUGCUAAAGCCAUGGAGAGCCAUAAAGAGGAGUUCAGCAUCGUCCCUGUGCUGGUGGGGGCCUUGAGCGAGUCCAAAGAGCAGGAGUAUGGGAAGCUGCUCAGCAAGUACUUGGCUGACCCCAGCAACCUCUUCAUCAUCUCGUCAGACUUCUGCCACUGGGGUCAGCGGUUCCGGUACACAUACUAUGACGAAAGCCAAGGAGAGAUUUACAGAUCCAUUGAACAUAUUGACAAAAUGGGAAUGGGAAUCAUAGAGCAGUUGGAUCCUAUGUCUUUUAGCAACUACUUGAAGAAGUACCACAAUACUAUUUGUGGUCGCCAUCCUAUUGGAGUGCUUCUAAAUGCUGUGGCUGAACUGAAGAAGACUGGUAUGGACAUGAACUUCUCUUUCCUGAACUAUGCCCAGUCGAGCCAAUGCAGGAACUGGCAGGACAGCUCUGUGAGCUACGCUGCUGGGACCCUCACCGUUCAUUGAGGUCAAACUUCUCAGGCGCCAUUGGAGCUCCCAGAACCCCCCCCCAUCCUCCUUGUUUUCCUCCCUAAUGCCCCUCUCCAAACCUAUUUCCCCAGUCAGGGAUGGAUAGCUUAGCUCCCUUCACCCCCCACACACACACCCCCCUUUCCCCCUUUUUAGUAGAAUGACCUGCAAAGUCUGAUGCAGUUUGGGAUCCUUUUACUUGCAGAGCUGAUGUAUAAUGCAUUACAAACUAACUCCUUCUUUCUCUCUCUCUCUUUCUUUUUCUCUUUCUCUCUCUUUCUCUUUCUCUCUCUCUUUCUCUCUCUUUCUCUCUCUCUCUCUCUUUCUCUCUCUCAUUACCGAGAGCACCGAGUUGAAAUUCCAACUCCAAGUUGCAGUCUGGAAUGGUCUUGGAUGGCGUUUAGUGUUUGUUCCUCGGUUGGGGUUUGCUGAAUGGUAGUAGGAACAGAUUUUGGGGUCUAAAGGGGACUUAAGUUAUCUGUCAAGUCAUUAUUAUCCAGUCAAAUACUGAUAUGAUAUUAGAAGUAAAAAAAAAGAAUCACAAAGACUUAAAAUAUGUGCACUCUUUGUAGAUAUGUGCAUAUGUAACCUUGUGAUAAAAAUAAUAAAAAAUACUUAUGAAACAUAUGGAAGUGAUAACAAAUUUCACCAAGUCAUACUUGAUGAGAAAGAAAAAGCAGAGUGCUACUAGCUAUAUCCUUGUAAGCCCUUGAGAGUAGCAGCAUAAGUAGCUACUGCCAUAUGUUUUCAAUGUAGGCCUGUUGUUUAUUGUUGCUAACAAAGGGCUACACACUACCAAGUUCACUAACCCGCAGCCGUAUGAAAAUAUAUAUACUAUAUAUAGAUAUAUAUAUAAACCAAAAAAUGUUUUUUAUGCUUUCACAGUAGUCUAUUAAAAUGUCUCCCUUUCCUUUGCAUUCAUAUAUUUUUGUUUAUUUAGGGUAAGCGUCUUUUCCUCUUUUAAUUUGUAGUAUUUGUCAUUAUUACCCUAUUUUGUAUGUAUACAAGUAGGCAGUGUGGUAGUGGAUUUGAGAGGUGCCCCGACUUAAGGCCUUUGCACACUGAAAUCCGUAAUUUUGUAUGAAUCCAUUUUUUUCGGUCCAUCAAAUUCAGAACGCUGCAGUCAAAAACUUAAUUCUCUGACAGUAUACAGAUGCAAAAAACGUAAAUGCACAAAAACAAAAAACAUUUUUGUCAGACUAAAAUUUCAGAGUCAGUGUGCAAAUGUGAUUGAGACAACGUGAGAUUAUAUAUAUUUUUCAAUCUGACAAUUUUGCACGAAAAUACGAACUCUGUGCAAAAGGCCUUUAGAGGGUGCCCUGUGUUGGUAGUCUUCUGGGCACAUAGAACAGCUCCAAGAGCCCCUGGUAGCAGUGGGUUUUUACAGCUGAGAGACUGGCGUGCCCCUGAAAAAAAGAAGAUAAGAAGGAGGGGGGCGGGGGGCAGGGGUGUAAUAAACCCUGAAUAAACGUAGGAUCCUGACGCACUGUAAUAGUUCCGCUCUACUGUAGGCUAGUUGUCUAACCCCCAUGUAUUGUACUAUUUCCAUAACCUCCCCCCGAUGAGCACAACGCAACAAGAGACACCCUCUUCCUCUCCACAUCAAGUCCUGUGACACCUGUCAAUCAAAGCCUGUGCCCUCCACAACUCCACCAAGGGAAGAAAAAAAAACAUGUAGAGUUUGAGUGCUUCAAACUGUUCUGUGGAAACAGUGGGGCAGUUCACACCAUGCAGAUGUGCCUUGGGUCACUGUUACAACGUCUUUAUUAUUAUUCUUUUUUUUGUUUGUUGAUGUAAUGCUCUGUGUUCUCCUCCUGGUUCUUCUGCUCCUGCCCCCCACCCCACCCCACCUCCAAAAAAAACCUCAGUCUUUUGCAGCGCUGGACCAGCUGUUUGUUUUUGAACUCCACAACCCUUGUCUUUCUCAGAGGAAGGACUGCAUCCAUGUCUACUGUCCGCUAAAGUCAGCACAACCCCCUCACUCCCAUCUGGAGGAUGUUCCCCUUGUUGUGAUUGUUUUUCAUUGUUUUUGUUUUUCAUUAUGUCUGUUUUACUUCAUAGCAAGUAACGUUCUUAAGUUUUUAAUGCGUUGUCACACAUCAAUGUCAAGGAGUCAACUGAUGCUCCAACUGGAGCUUGAUUAUUAUGUUUAUUUUAAUCUCAGGUUACAUUGAUGAAGCAUCACAGGAUGCUUGCCAGAUAUGACAAGGGUCAUGCCCAAUGUUACAAAGAAGAAAAAAAACAGAGUAAAAUAAGUGAAAAGUG